CACCGAGCUGCGCUACACUUGUUCAUCUAACACCACGGUUCCAUUGAUUAAAAGACUUUACAACAACAACAAGCAAACAAAUAUAUUUUAAAAAGAAAAUUCACUUCUGAAUAAUUAUCCAGCAUAACAACAAAGAAAAACCAGCGCUACCUUUUAUGAACUUCUGUUGGAUACAACACCACCUGGAUUUUUUCUUCCUUUGAUCACCAUUACUCUUCCAGAUCGCGAUUCAUUGUACUGUCCAUCGGAGAACACGCUUGGUGUAUCUGUGGGGAUAACAUACGCGUUCCCUUUUAUGACAGACUGAAUAACUGCUAUGACAGGGAAAUUAGCGGACAAGCUCCCUCUUACCAUGAGCAGUUUAAUAAAUACGAUUCCUGACAGCCUUUACCCUGAAGAGGACAUUCCUACAUCUAUGAACAUUUUCACCAGCACGGAUUCUAUUUCUCACUAUUCGCAGAUGAAUUCAGAUAACAUCAUGAAUAUGGGCAUGGGCAGUGACAAGGGCACAGCGGAGCUCCAGUACAGCUCCAGCUUCCAGUCCAACCGUAGCGGGCAGACGGUGACCUACCUGGGCAAGUUUGCCUUCGACACACCUCCUUCGGGGGGGAUUGGGGGAUCCAGCUGGUGCUCCGACAACAACAUCAUCAGCCUGGUGAGCGCGGGCAUCUUGGGCGUGUCUCCGUCACCGGGCACCAUCACCACCCAGACCUCCACGGCCUCCGGAAGCAUGGGCGCCCAGUCCUCGGAGCUGGAGCAGGUUUACGGGGGCCCUCUACCCGCGUACUCCACCUGCAGCGACAUGUACCAGGACCAGGUCUCCUUCCACCACAGCCCCGUCGCCACCGCCACCACCCCCCUACCCUACUCGGGGACUGACUAUCACACCACGGCCAAGCCAUCCAUGGACAGCAGCCUCUUCUCCAUGAUUCCCGAUUACAACCUGUUCCACCCCCAGGGGGAGGUGGGCGUGAUGGAGCACAAGCCUUUCCAAACGAUGGACCCCAUCCGUCUCAACCCGCCCCCCAUCACCCCUCUGGAAACCAUCCGGGCUUUCAAAGACAAGCAGCAGAUCCACCCCAGCUUCAUAGGAGGCCAGCAGCACGCCCCCCAACACCACCAGCCCACCCAGACUCUGACGCUCAAACCCAUCCGGCCUCGGAAGUAUCCGAACCGGCCCAGCAAGACGCCGGUGCACGAGCGGCCACACGCGUGUCCGGCAGAGAACUGCGACCGCCGCUUCUCCCGCUCGGACGAGCUGACGCGCCACCUGCGCAUCCACACAGGCCACAAGCCUUUCCAGUGUCGCAUCUGCAUGCGCUCGUUCAGCCGCAGCGACCACCUUACCACCCACAUCCGUACGCACACGGGCGAGAAGCCCUUCUCCUGUGAGUUCUGCGGUCGCAAGUUCGCCCGCAGCGAUGAACGCAAGCGUCACGCCAAGGUGCACCUCAAGCAGAAGGACAAGAAGCUGUCCGAGAAGGGGGGUGGGGCCACCGGGAGCCACAGCUCGCCCCCCAACUCUUGUGCUAGUGGGGGGGGAAGCACCGGCAGCAUCAUGACUGUCACGACGUGUGCCUAGGGGCUAGACGUCUCCCGGGACCAGACCGGAACCCGCUUUUGUGUCGGGAAAAAUCUGGGUUCCUCUCCCUUUCUUCCUCCGCCUUUCUGUUUCCAGAAAAUCCGUCGCCUCCAACUUAAGAUGGACUCCCGUGUUUGUGAUGGGGACAGGCCAAGAGGAGUCGACCCACACCAGGGCAGGGAAACCUGGAGUUCUGGUUUCCUGCCUCCCGCCAUGAAGCCAGCGGAGGACUCCGGGGUGGGGGGGUUGAUAUGGGUGUGGGUGGAGGGGGACACGCCCCAGUGCCCACGCGCUGCUUCUGCGGAGCACGUUUGGAGCUGCGCUCCGUCCGGCCUGAUUUCGGCAGCUUUCAUUUCAUGUCUCCAGAAAACCCACAAAGAAUCUGGAGUGGGGAGGGCGGGGAGCCAGGAAGGCCAGUUUUGGCAUAAUGGGCAGAUUGUGCGAUUUUGCUUAAAAGCAAACAAACAAACAAAAUAUUUGACAGUACAAGGUGAGCUAGUUUGUGUUCUUUUCUUUUACGAAUGUAUCUCAGUUUUCUUUUCAAAAUUGCAAUGGAUAUAGUUUAUCCAUUAGGUACUGAACUUUAAAUGUCCUGUCUUUCUGUUCAAACUGCAAGAUUUUUUAAUAUGCUUGUCUAAUAACAGAAUGUGCCAAAUACAGAAUGUAAUGAUGCUGCCAAUAUUAUCACGAAAUUAUGCCUAGGAAUGACUAAAAAACCCCAUGGCACAGAAAUGCGUUUACGAUUUGGAUGUAAGCGAUACUUAUGCAUUCUACGGAAAAAGGACUCAAAUUAUCAGUCUGUAGCCAUUAUACGUUGAUUUCUCACUAUGUGCGGAGGUCUCGUCUCCUGUUCGUAUUCGUACAGCAGUGCCACCUCUGUUCAGUGUUAUUUAAUGCAUUAAGCCUUUGCUCUUCGUGAAUUAUCACAUUAUGCACGUCAAUAAGAAUCUUGCAUUUUCACAGAAGACAAAGAAAGUCUGUUGUAAUCCGCUAUGAAUGGUAACGCGUCAGGACGCAGAAGCAGCCCUGUCGUCUGACGUCCAUGUGGCCAAAUUGUUAUACAUUUGAGAUCCAAAAGUAAAUCUUCGCGAAACAACUGGAUGUGAAUGACAGUGAGCAUGGUCGACACCAGGAGAACAGAACUAAUCUGUGACAGUAAUAUUUAUUAUGCUUGAGUCAUCAUCCUACAAGAAAAAUAUUGUUUGUUUGUUUGUUUCUGCGUUUAUGGGUCUCAUUUUCUUUUUUCUUUUUUUUGUUUCCUGGCUCCGUCCACGUGGACCUUAUAGCGUCGUUGAUGCUUCUGCACAGCCGGUGUUAAACUGAAAGGCUUCCCUGACACUUGAUAGACUGCAAUCACAUUAAAACAGGCUGAAGCUAUAGCACAUCUACCAUUGUAUUGCAAUUGUAUGUUUCUGGACACGGGGAGAGCUGAAUUUUAAAGCCUUUCGCGUGCAUUACUGUUGAGACAAGCCUGCCAGCUACAUGCCUGCCUACUGAGACCUCGUUCCGAAGAAAACAGUUCAGAUAUUUUCCAUACAACUCCAAGCUAUUAAAGCCUAAACAAGUGAAACGGUAGUCGUUUCACAAAGCAUUUCCACGGUUACAGUUCAUGGGAGGAAUUUUAAAAACCAAGUUGAGGGACUGAGAAUUUUUGUAUAGACAGAAAUAUAGAUAUAUUACUACAACUUUUAUACCCGGAAUGUAACAUGGUUGUCUUCAGUGUUAAACGUUGUGGAUGUGUGAAUAUAUAUAUAUACACAUGCAUAUGUAUGUAUGUAUAUAAUUAUACAAACACAACAAACCGAAUGUUUAUAUAACUGAUUUCUUAAAAUGCUUUUAUGACAAAGCAAAAUAUUUGUAAAUAGAGUACAGAAUGUUCUAUGGAAAUGACUGUGUUUGCACAGUGGUCUAAGACCUGGCUCUCUAACACGCGGCCAGGCUUACAGCACAGCCGCGUCCCAGUGCGAGCGGGGAGCACUGAGACGGUGUCAAACGCGGCGCGUUUUUCUUUUAUUUUUAAAGCAUCAGAUGUUUGCGAAAUGUAAAUACGAAAAGGGAAAGAAAAAAAGGCAACUGGAGAUACUCUGAAUGAAGUGUUCAUAAAAUGAAUAAACAAAAGAAAUAUUUGA